CCAAUCUGAAAAGCAAAAAUGACGUUUGUGAUGCACCUGUGUUUUAUUUUAUUUAAUCAGUGAAUGGUUGUUUAAAAACGCAAUAAGUUGUUAAUGUUUAAUAAGAAAUGUGAGAAUGUAUACUUCAUGUGCAAGUCGUUAUCUAAAACUAGCCAUUGGCAAUAAAACGAACGCUUAAUUCACUUAAAGGGUUUCAAAUCAUGUUAUUGUGUGACAAUUUUCAAGGGUAGUAAGUUAAUUAAUAAGUAUGGACGAGAAGAGAGUGGCGGAUUACUUCGUGAUUGCGGGGCUGCCCGAGACGCCGGAGUUACUGGACGAUUCUGACUCUGGACAUCUAAAGGGGUACAGCACCAAAGCUCCAAUAACAGAUAUCAGUGUCGUAUUCCCGAGUCUCGGCGAAACCGUUCCCAAUGGCUACGAACUGAUAGAGACGACGCCAAGUGGACUGCCCGCAGACCUGAACCAUGGUUCAAUACGGACGCCAGAAUGCUUCAUCUGUAUUCGACGGGGACGGGACAGAGCGCCGCUGGUUGACAUCGGCGUCAUGUAUGAAGGCAAAGAGCGUCUCAUGGCCGACGCGGAAAUGGUGCUCGAGUCCGUCGGGCAACGUCUAGCGAACGUCAACAACUCGACAGCGAAGACGUUCAUAACGUACCGCCGAGCGCACGCCGGCGCGCCUUGUAACGCGCUAGUGGUUGUCGAUGUGUGUGUGAUCAUAGCUAGCAAGGGGGAAUGUCCCCCACACGCCUUUUGUAUGAUCGCCAAGAACCUUAACAAAGGACUGAUGGGCAGCGACGUUUUUCUCUGCUACAAGAAGUCAAUGAACCGUCCACCUUUAAUAGCUUACAAACCAGAAGUACUAUUUAGGUAUCCAAUGACCGAGCGUCGCAGCCUAGCCUUCCCAACGUCCGUGCCAUUAUUCUGCCUGCCCAUGGGCGCUACUUUAGAACUCUGGCCGACCAACGCAGCCACACCUAAGCCAGUCUUUUCCACAUUUGUACUCACAGUUGCUGACGCCACAGACAAGGUUUACGGUUCAGCGGUAACGUUCUACGAGACAUACGACCACACUCAACUAACAGAGAGUCAAAUGGAGCUCCUAGGCUGGAGGAGCGGGAUCUCACAUAGCACACACUCCGUCCACGUCAGCAAGUCCAUCUGCCUGCUCUCGCGGUGGCCUUUCAGCGAUACCUUCGAACGGUGGCUGCUUUAUAUACUUGAAAUGUCAUGGAGUAAACAGCCGCUGACUAUACCAAUAGAGCGGUAUAUAACACAUUUGUUAGAAGAAGUUCCAUUUCCAGAGCCUAGGAUAUUGCUGCAGUUAUCACCGACAAAUGCGAGCGAUCGGGUCAUAGUGACGCGACGCGACGACCAACCUUUAGUGCGAAGCGGCGCAGGAUUCAGGCAGUUACUGCUCAACCUGGGCCCAGACAACUGCCAGCUACUGCUGGCCCUCGCUAUUACUGAGCAGAAGAUUUUAAUACACUCACUCAGGCCGGAUACCUUAACAGCAGUCUCAGAAGCCGUCUCAAGUCUACUGUUUCCGUUCAAAUGGCAGUGCCCUUACAUACCACUCUGUCCUUUAGGUUUAGCAGAAGUAUUACACGCGCCGUUGCCAUAUCUGAUCGGCGUGGACUCGAGAUUUUUUGAUCUCUACGAACCUCCGCCCGACGUGACGUGUGUCGACUUAGAUACUAAUAAUAUCACAAUAUGUGAUUCACAACGCCACAUAUCAAUAAAGCUGUUACCCAGACGACAAGCGAAGGCUUUGCGGCAGACUUUAGAAGUAUUAUACAGCAAUAUACGACCGGGUAUGUUGGCGUCACCCGUCCACCACUCCGGAAACAGUAAAUACAACGGCGAACCCACUACGAGUUUAGACAGAGAUUUCCAACGGAGAAAGAAAGAGUACGCCCUAGAACUGGAAAUCCAAGAGGCCUUCCUCCGUUUCAUGGCGGUCACGCUACAAGGGUACCGCGCGUAUCUCAUACCCAUCACCAAGGCGCCCACUGUUGGGACCACGGACCCACAUGCGCUCUUCCACAUGGACGCCUUCAUACGGUCAAGGGACAAGACGCAACAACGUUUCUUCACGCUAAUGAUGCGAACGCAAAUGUUCACGCGCUUUAUAGAAGAGCGGUCGUUUGUCUGCGACGUAGACCAAGGGCUGCCUUUCUUCGACGAGUGUAUAGAGCGGGUAGCUUGCGGAGACAGCGGCUCGUUGCUAGGUACCGACACGAGCAACGCGAGCGAGCGGACUGUGUUUGUUUUGCCCCCGAACCCUCUGGAAGACGAUGAAACCUACACUUACUCCAAGUUCGAGUUGGACCCGGUGCUGCUAGCGAAAUGCGUGACGGGUCGAGCGAGUCACGGCGGCCUACAGACGUUAUCCGCAGCGACCCGCUCGGCGCUCGCGUCGGCCGAGUCGCUAGGAGACGCGUCGCCAAUGGCGAGGCGGACGAAGCAGGAGAUCGCCGCGGCACAGAGAUUGGCGCGCAAAGCCAGCUUAUCGCCCGAAGCCUGGGCGAAGUGUCUACUGGGCGCGUGCUACUCCUUAUAUUUCCUAUCGCUACCAAGCAGAAUGAUAUUGCUCCGAGGCAAAGAACAAGCCACCCUGACUGCGGCUUAUGAACUAUUAGAAAAGGCGACGAAGCUGCGAGUACCUUGUGACGAGGUCUGCUACCGCGUCAUGAUGCAACUGUGCGGCAUCCACUCCCUCCCAGUGUUGGCGGUGCGUCUCCUCUUCCUAAUGAAACGCGCCGGCCUACAGCCGAACGCACUAACGUAUGGGUAUUACAACCGCUGCGUGCUGGAAGCUCCUUGGCCUCAUGACAUGCCCAGUGGUUCUCAACUGCUAUGGAACAAGCUCCGCAUAGCCGUGAUGGGCGCGGCUUUGUUCCGGAAAGCAGGCGCUCAGCGAGCCAGUCGCGCUACCGGCUCGGGACUCUCGGCUGGAAGUGUAGGAACGCUACCACGUGUUGUGUCCGCUGCGGGUAUGGACGGUGAUCUAAGUGGACUCGCUCUGGCCGCGUGUGAACCCGCACACAGCCGAACAAGUCUUGAAGAAGCGAGUGCCCGAGAAAAGGAAGCGGCGUCGUCAGCAUUCGAAGCGUUAGUGCGGCGCGGGAACAUCGUCCAGCAACAACCCGCCAGGCCGCAUAAACAUGCUCUCUCCACCGCGGCCGGCAUUCUCAUAUCAGGUUUACCAUCAAAUCCAGAUUUAUGUGAAGCGGCGCGAAGUAAUUCAUUAGGAAACGAAGAUACAACGAGUAAUGUCACACUAACUGAAAAAAGACAGACAAUACACGUAAGCCCAGACAGUCCGUCGGACCUUCGGAUACUAACGCGUUCCGAGAGCUUCGCUGGGGACGCUCAAAUUGUACAGAACUUGCAGAGGCUAUCGUUUUCUAGCAGUACAUCGAAUGUGAAGUCUCGGUGUUCGCGAACACUCAGUUUCCCUGAAGAACCUGAAAAGGAGGAAGCAGCGGUGGAACCUUCUGAGGAACCUAAGGGAUCUCCGCUAAAAUUAUCGCCCCGCACGCCGGUGCUGGCCGACGACCCGCUAGGCGCGCUCCGCGCCCCCGCGCCGGAGUCCCCGCCCCCGCCGCAGGAGCAGCCCGCGCCCCCGCGCCACGAGUACUCCGUCAGCCCCAAGCUGUUCCACCGCCGGAGCAACUCCUUCCAGGACGACGCGCCGACUGACCAUGGGAAACUCCACAGGAGCGAGACCGUUCCCGCCGGCACCGUGUCUUCCAGCCUCGCCAGUCUCGGGAACACGCUCAAAAUCAGCUUCGGACGCUAUUCGCCCGGCCGGUUGUCUUUGCGCAAAGAGAACAUGAACAUUGGAAAGGCGAUAGUCGAAAAUUACUUCAGCCCCACAAGCAUAGCGGGCAAGAAAUCCAACGAGCUCCUACAGAGCGGGCUGUCCAGCCUAAAGUCCGCCGCCACAAGCAUGGCCAAGAAGUUCGACGAGAUGAAGGAAGUCAUAUCAGCAAACUCUACGCCAGUGAAGGGAGCUAUUGGGAACGCGACCAGCGCGCUAACCAGUUUCAUGGAAGACGAUUCGACAGAUGGGUCAUCGGAGAUGAAUCCGGAUGAAUGGACGGGUGGCAUGCAUUUCAGGAGAGCGUCGAGCGACGCGGAAUUAGCGUGCGCUAUGGAGCGCGGCUCUUUAGCCACCCUACUGUCGCAUUUACCGGACAACCUAUACCCACAACAGGCGGACAACCCGAACUCCUCACCCACAGUAACAGCUCACAUGUCGUCCUGCUCGCAAUGCCACCAAUGCUACGCGCUGCUGUACGACGAGGACAUCAUGGCGGGCUGGGCGGCCGACGACUCCAACCUCAACACGCGCUGCACCGCCUGCGGCCGCCACACCGUGCCGCUGCUCUCCGUGCAGAUAAUGCGGGAGGGUCAAACGCAAACAGAAACGGUCAGCGUGCCUUAUUUAAAUCCAUUGGUGCUAAGGAAAGAAUUCGAAUCUAUAUUAGGUAGAGAAGGCGACUCAUGUCUCCUAGAAAAGGAGUUCGUGGAAUCACACCCGAUAGUCUACUGGAACCUUGUCUGGUACCUGGAGAGGGCCAACAUCGAGAGCCAUCUACCGGACCUGCUGUGUGCCAACUACCCGGCCAUGUACCAGGGCGAUGUUCCUGACGAGAACAGCGGAUGCCAAGUAAUAUGCAGUUGGGACCUAGUCCGACUUCACGGCGAAGCAGGCACUGCGUUGUACCGCGCGUGGCGUCUGAAGCGCGCUCAGCAACAACGCUCUCGAGCACUACAAGCUUUACUGCUCACAGACACCGCACAGGCCAACGCAGUGGUGCUCGCAGUGCUCGACGGGUUGCUAAGCAACGACUUGAUCGACGCGCUGCGUCGGCUCGCGGCGUGGCGGGAAAACACCGCUGGCAACAAGCGGUAUCAUUCAUUUUUCAGAGACAUACUGUUCCUCGCAAUGGCUUCCCUUGGCGAGAACAACAUCGACCUGAUCGCGUUCCAACGGGAAUAUUCUCGCGCGAUCACGCAACUGGGCGGCUCGCUCCGUCCACACGACUACCCUCCCACGCCUACCGCCGUCUGCUGUCGACAUUACUUCCGUAGGUUAAGACUCGCGCAGGAGGACUGACCGAGGGCCCUGCGCGGCCGAGCCGAGCGAGGACUGUUAUAAACACGAGUCACUCAAAUUAAUUUUAUUAAUAAUAUCGCGCGACGACCACACGACUAGGCUCCCACCCCAGACAGGAUUGACCGAGGGUGGUGCGUGGUGAGCCGAGCGAUGACUUGAGUCAGACAAAGAUUCAUUGAUUAUAUCAAACUAUCGGCGAAAAACCUGAUGACCAGAGUGAAUUUUUAUUAGACUUUUUACACGUCAUAAUUGUCUAUACUUUCAAAAAUCAAUGCAUAACUUAACGUUAAAAAUAAGCGGACAAUCUGCCUGUAAAACAAAAUGCAAACGUAUUCUUAAUGUUAAAAUCUCGUGUACAUUGACAUCGAAUAAGUGGUUGGUAAAACACGACAUCCGUCCCUUUCUCGCUACUUUAUUUGGAUAAGGAUGUUCCAGUGCUGUAUUUUGUCGUGUACUUUAAAAACUAAUUACAUUAAAUGGCAUUGUGUUCCGAGUAUGGCGAAAGAAUGUAAGACAAUAAGUCCUGCUUGUAGGUAUACCUAAAUGUAUGACCAUGAUUGAUUGUGAAAUCGUCAGGAAAGGAUUUAAAAUGUAAUAUAAAAUGACGAAUGUGGCAUAAAUUGCAUGUAAUUAAUCCAGAUAAAAAGGUAUACUUACAGUUUUUAGGCAUACUAUCUAAAGGGGCUCAUCCAUACAACGCUGUUACGAAUCAAGAGAGGCAGGAUUUAAAAAAAAAUGCAAUUUAUAUUCCUGUUGUAUGUUUUCAAAGCAACUUUAAACUAUCUUCGUUUAUAGAGUCGAACGAUGCUAAGUUUUUGGCAAAUGCAAACGUUAAGUACGAAGCAUAUACUCGUAACUAUGUGCAAUCUUAGUGUGGCAAAAGUAUACCCUACUUUAUAAGAGUGAAAAAUUCUAAAUCACAUCACGUGUUAAAUGGAUCUUUCAGGCAUAUCUGUUAGUGUUAGAAAUGAGGGUGCUACGAAAAAGGAGAUUCGGAUAGCCAUACUGAAAUAAAGUUGUACAUAUUUCAAUUGUAUAUAUUGAUAAAUUUUCGCACUCUUUGAUUGACUGUAUUACAGUUGAAAUUAAUUGAAGCGGAUUGGUCAAUAUUUAAUGAUAAUUGACAGUAUUUCUGAAGAACUCACUUGAUUUUGUCUACGCUUUUUAUAUGUAUAGUUCUAGAAGUAAUGCUUUUGAGUGAUUUCACUAAACAGUUAAAUUCGUAAACGAAUGGUACGUAUUAUCAUAUUCUAGUCGCAUUAUUUGGCACCAACUGGAAAGUAGAUGUUAUAUUUAACCUUGUAGACACCAUUUUGUAUGCAUUGUUUGAAUUGAAAUGCACAUUGACUUAGAACUAGAUUCUAUGGUAACCUAAUAAUU